AUGAUGGAAAUAAUGAACCUAAACAAGACUUCACUCUCUCACACGGUAUUCAUCCACCUCGGGUUUACGGGGGUCACAAGAUACAGGCCUCUUCUCGUGAUUCCAUUCUCCUCCAUAUAUGCAGCAAUCCUGGCUGGUAAUUCGGUGGUCAUGUCUAUAAUUGUACUGGAGAAAAGUCUACACUCGCCCAUGUACAUCCUCAUCUUCUCUCUUCUUGCUGUCAAUGUCCCUUACACCACCGCAAUGAUACCCAAGAUGAUCCUGGCUCUUCUGGGGCUCAACCAGAUUACUCUGGCUGGAUGUCUGGUGCAAAUAUUUACAGUGUAUUCAAGUAUCAUGUCCGAAAGUGCCCUAUUGAUGGUGAUGGCCGUGGACAGGUACCUAGCCAUCAGCCAGCCUUUGCAGUAUUGGCAAAUUAUCAACAAACAUCUGCUGGUCCACCUGUGGCUCAACGUGUUCAUUUGCAUAGGUUUUGCUGUGGUUCCUCUUCUCUCUCUGCUCUCCAGCCUCCAGUAUUGCAGGUCCAACAUCUAUCACUUCCACUGUGAGAACACCAUGCUCUUUGAGCUAGGAUGUGGCGAUAUUUCCAGAACCAAGAUCAUAUAA